UUUGUGUGUUCACACAAUAAUCAAUAAAACCAUUAAACAGACCCUGCCCUCUUUUUCUGUUUUAUUGUUUACACAAACAAGAACAAGGUAAAUAACCCCUUACAUUUGACACGCAUCUUUUUAGUAAACUAAUCGUGCUCUUGUCUUUACUAGCCUCUCUUUUUAACAUGGACUCUACAAAAUCCAAACGCUUUUCUUUUGCUGGUUUCAGUAGUGGAUUGUCCAGAAGUUUAUCUUUUUCGAGUGGAACCAAAGUAAAAAAAGAGGAAGUGGUGGCUGCGAAAGACUCAAACCAAGAAGAGUUACGUAAAUUAAGCCGAGCCCAAAAAUCCAAAAGUUUAUAUGUAAAGUCGUUUAAUAAAAAGACACCAGCUACACAGUUCGACGCUUCCGAAGCAGUUCAAAGCAACAGUAAAGAGAUUCGUAGCUCCAUUAGAAGAUCCUUGUCAGCAGUUUUAUACGCUUCUCCUCAUUCAACAGAUGAUGACAAAAGCUAUAGCAAUAAAUUAGUGCCUGUAUUAGUGACACCUGGCCUCUCAGAGUCCCUUGGUGGGAUUUUAAUCGAUGACGGCUCCAAAAAUAAAAUGAUGAACAAUGAAAAGACAACAGAAAAGAGUAUUAAAAAAAAGAGACCAGUUGAAUAUGACAAUUCUUUGGAAAUUGUUUCAGAAGACAAAGAAACUACAAUCAUUUGGCAGGGUUACGGAUACACAAUUACAGCAGAAGGACAAGAAGAAGUUUCUUCCGAAAUGAUUACAGAAACAGACUUGGAAUCACGUUUUGAGAAGGAAAUUUGGAAAUCAUAUUGUGGGCUGAUUCAUCCUCUUCAUUUGUUUCAAGAACUGAACGAUGAACAAGUGGUUGUUGACAGAGGUCGUUGGGCAGGUCUAAGUGUAACAGAGUUACGGCGUUAUUUUGAUAACUAUGGCUCCAUGUUAUUAAAGAUUCGUGAAUCAAGAAUGUUGGAACAGCAAAAGCAUUACCAAUGUCUGGACAAUGUAAAAAAAGAAUGGAUUAUACCGGAUAUCACCAAUAACACUAAUAUUACAGUCUAAAAAUUAAUUCAUAAUAAAUUAUAUACCAAUUACUCUUAAGAAGUUUUUACAGGCCUAUUCGUGUGCGUAGGGACGACCUAUGAUCUAAUGACUGGUAAUUCAUAAGAUGUAACUAUGUGAAAUAAAUCUAUGUGUACAUGUACUUGAUCAAUGCAAACAAUUAUCGCUAAUUAAUCAUCAGAUAAAACCCACAAAGGUGUAGGCUCAAG